AGUAAAACAUAAACAAUAAAUAAACAUAACAAACCGAAAGAUGCAUUCAUAAUUGAUCGAAGAAGGUGGUGUUUUGUUUUCUAGUAAUUUUUGUUUGGUUUCUUUGGAAUUCUUUUGUCCUCUUCUUGAAUUUUUCCCACUGUGUUGAGUCUCUGUUUGUUAUCUUCUCCGUUUAUUCCCAUUUGUCUGAAAAAUCAAAAACAAGAAACCUUGAAAAAUAAAGUUGCAGCAAUGGUUCUGGGUUGGCGAAGAGCAUUCUGCACAUCAAUACCAAAGGAUCAAGAAACAGACUCCCCAAUCAUCAGAGAGAAACCCGACCCGGCUCCGAAUCUCCGCUCCAGAUUCACUGGUUUCUUCUCCGACCCACCAACCCCGACCCUCCGAUGCAGAACCACCGCUACGCCGCCGCCUGCUUCGACGAACAAAUCCAACGGGAGCCCGAAACUAAAAUGCAAAACCACCAGGAACAGCCCCAGAUUGUUCUUCCACCGCUCCGCACCUUCUUCACCACGCUCCCCCUCCACUUUUUCUUUGCUUAAAUCAACCCUCCGCCUCUCAAAGAGUAGGUGUGGAAUAUGCUUAGAGGGGGUGAAGGCGGGAGAGGGGACGGCGAUAUUGACGGCGGAGUGCGGGCACAGCUUCCAUUUUCCGUGCUUAUCGGGGCAGAUGAAGAAGCAGGCGUCUCUCACGUGCCCUGUUUGCAGUGUCACGUGGAAGGAAAUGCAUCUCUUGAACAACACCACCCAGAAGAAAGGGGAUAAUCAUGUAGUAGUUGACAAGAGAUUACUUGCGUUGAAGGUUUACAACGACGACGAACCCAUUUCUUCUCCUAUUUCUUGUGCCGGAUUUAAUACUAUUCCGGAAGAAGGGAGCGACGAUUUUCCCGGGUUUUUUUCGGUUCCGGCGGCUGAAUUGGAGACGGAGAGUAGUUGUGUGGAGGUGGCUCUGUUGCCGGAGGCGGCGGUGGUCUCGGUGGGGAAGACGAGCGAGACCUACGCAGUCGUUUUGAAACUCAGAGCUCCGGCGGCUGCUCCGGCGCGGAGGGUGCCUGUAGAUUUGGUGGUUGUGUUGGACGUUGGCAGGAGUGUCGCCGCCGCUGAUAAGCUUCAGUUGAUGAGGAGGGUUAUGCGAAUGGUGGUCUCGUCUCUCUCCGCAGCCGACCGCUUGUCCAUCGUGGCGUUCUCUACCACCUCGAAGCGGCUGCUGCCGCUCCGAAGAAUGACCGCCGCCGGAAAGAGAUCCGCACGCAGGAUUAUCGACGCCGUCGUCGCGCUGGACUGCGGCGCCGCCAGCGCCACCGACGCGGUUAAGAAGGCGGCGAAGGUCAUCGAGGACCGCCGCGAGAAAAACCCCGCCGCAAGCAUCCUUGUCCUCUCCGACGGUCACCACAGUGGCCGGCGUAUAACUUCCGCACGGUGGUUUGCCCACUCGGAAAUUCCCGUCCACUCAAUAAACCUUAACGCGUGCAUCAACGCGCCGCCGGACGAUACCUUUAUUAAAUCUAUCGUCGGUUUGCUGAGCGAUGUUAUACAAGAUUUCAAAAUUCAGCUAGGGUUCACUACCGGUUCGGCGGCGGCGGAGAUCUCUGCGAUUUACACGUACACGGGUAAAACCGGAUUCGUCGGAUCCGGUUCAAGCUGGUGCCGGGUCGGGUCGUUCCAUUCGGGUGAGGAGAGAGAAUUGCUGAUAGAAUUGAGGGUCCCACUAUCAUUGCGUGGGGCCCACCGGCUACUGUCUUUUCGAUCCUCUUACAAAGACCCGUCAACUCAACAAACCAUAUACGACAAAGAACGGGCCCUUUCAAUCCCACGCCCACGCGCCGUCGGCUCGUCCACUCGCGACACCCAGCGUCUCCGGUGCCUAUUCAUCACCACACGCGCCGUCGCGGAGAGCAGGAGAAUGGCCGAGAGGAACGACGUCGCCGGCGCUCACCACAUGCUGGCCUCCGCUCGGGCUCUAAUUGUACAGUCGGGUUCGGGCUCCUCCGGCGAGGAGUUUGUUCGCGGGCUGGAAGCUGAAAUGGCGGAGUUGAAUCUGAAGAGGAGGAACAACCACGAAAGAGAAGCCGCCGCAGCAGCUGCUCCCGUUAGCCGGGCAGAUGAAAAAGCCGAGCCGCUUACGCCAACAUCGGCUUGGAGAGCGGCUGAACGGCUGGCGAAAGUAGCCAUGAUGAGAAAGUCGCUGAAUAGAGUCAGCGAUUUACAUGGCUUUGAGAAUGCACGAUUUUAAUUUUAUUUAUUUUCCUUUUUAUUUUUUAUAUUUAUUCAAGUAAUAUUUUUUAUUUAGUAGACAGGUGAAAAUGGAAAUGAAAGCUCUUAUUUAUUUU